AUGGCUCCUCCGGCCGUGAAGGCCGGGAUUGAGAUCCUCGCGCCUCCCACCAUCCUCCGAUCAGUUUUCCUUGACUUUGGCCGGUUCAAGCCAUGGUCCCCCAACUUGGAGAUCACGGCCAAGGGCGAGAACAAAGAUCCGGUCAGUCUGGUCCCUGGCGAUAAGAUUACGGUGAAGGCCCAUGGUGUGGGAUUCUCCGGGGAGGUUGUUGAAAACACGCCGGAACGCUUCGUGGUGGACUCUUGGCUGCCGUUCGGUCUCAUUGUUGGACGUCGUUACUUCACCUUCUCGGCCAGUAGUACAAACCAGGAUGACACUGCAUUCAUGCAGUUGGAAGAGUUCAGGGGACCCUUGUCUGGGAUCUUGGGCAGCUUGGUGAACCAGCAGAAGCCGAGUCCGGGGUUUGCAACAUUCAACGAGGCUUUCAAGAAGGAGUGCGAGAGGCGGUCUACUGAGCAAGUGGUGGUCCCAAAUAACGCAGUAUGA